UCACUGCGAGUUCUCAUAACUCCUUCAACAAGUCGCCAUGGCCCAAUCCGUUCCACCAGGAGACAUCCAAACCCAGCCGGGUACUAAGAUCGUCUUCAAUGCCCCAUACGAUGACAAACACACCUACCACAUCAAGGUGAUCAACUCAUCGGCUCGCCGUAUUGGAUACGGUAUCAAGACCACCAAUAUGAAGACUUGGAGUUGAUCCACCAUGUGGAGUUCUCGACACAAAGGAAGCAGUUCUUCUUGCCGUUUCCUGCGAUGCUUUCGCCUUUGGACAGGAGGAUACAAACAACGACCGUAUCACUGUUGAGUGGACCAACACCCCGGAUGGAGCUGCCAAGCAAUUCCGCCGUGAAUGGUUCCAAGGAGACGGUAUGGUUCGUCGUAAGAACCUCCCAAUCGAGUACAACCCAUAGAGCCCUGUGCUAUUUCCUUCAAUAAAUGAUUUUUG